AUGACAAACCUAACAACCGCUGCAGGAGAACAGAGGAGAAAAACGAAUUGCUUAAGCAGGAUUUCAGAUCAGCAGAUCAGCAGCCUCUUCUUCCUGCGACAGAUUCAGUGUUUGGUUUGCAGUAACAGUACAUGUGUGGAGUUGGACGAGGCCUAUGGAGAAACCAACUGCUCUAUAACCUGCAAAGGAAAUGCGGUGUGUAAUAAUAAGGCAGAAUGUCAGUGUAUUCCUGGCUGGGUCCCACCAGGCUGUACAAAUCGCUACACAGAUCACAUCAUCUAUACUAACAAUGCCGGACCAAGACUAAGCAGAGAAGCGUAUACGGCCAUAGCAGCUUGUGUAGCUGUGAUUCUCGCCGUUUUAGUUGUGGCUGUAACCGUUGCUGCAGUUUGGAGAAUAAAGAUGAGAAAACGAGAGCAAAGCCAGCAAAGCCACCCAGAAGCUGGUGGAAACACCAACCAUUCCAAAUCAGACUACACAAAGCAAACACCGAAAGUGUUUAUCAUCCCCUAGCAAGACCUGUGGAGUCUUUUCCAGCUCAGUCAACACCAACAGGAUGUCUGUAUUAGAAGGCCUGAUUGCUGUACCGCAGUUCUACAUUCAUCACCCUGCAGUGAUUCUUCAUGAACACCCCUCCGUCUACUCUGGCGUAAGACUAGGCUCUGGUGGCAGAA